GGUGGAUGGGGCGAGGCAGGGAGCGAGCGCAGCAGGUCCGGAGGGCUGACUGGGUGGAGGCGAGCAAAGCCGGACGCUUCGGAGGCAUCGCGGAGCUGGGGCCGGCGCGGCGCAGAGGCAGGAGAGCUCAAGGGACCCGUGCCCGGGAGACCCGGGUGGGAAGCCCAAAGGGAGCGCGGGACCCUGAGCUGAGUCUGGAGCAAUCCUGGCCGAGCAGGCCCUGGGAGCCCGGGGGAGGGGGAGCCGAGUGGCUGCAGACAGACUGAGAGUCCCUUUCCAAGACCUGUGUCCCCCCCAGGGUAUUUUUGCCUUGGUUUUCUGAGCCAGAGUGUGGACCACAGUGCCUUGGUCUGAGCCCUGUCCUGACUACAAGUUUUUCUCCUGGGCCCUCAGAGAGGCCCCCAGCCUCUUUUUCUGGACCUCGUGAUUCUCAGCCACUGUGGGAGACCUGGGCUCUUUUUUUAAGUAGUCCCUGGCUCACCUAUAACCCCUCGAAUUCCAGUGGGAUCCCAGAUUUUCUGUGAAUACUGGAGGCUUCCCCUUGCCUCUCUGAGACUUGGAGGAAUUUCUGACUUUACCAGUGAAAUCCCAAUUCUAACUCUUGUAUAGCCCCAAAGUGUUCUGAUUCCUCCUUUCUCAAAUUCUGAGCCAGAAGAAACCUAAACUGUCUCUCAAACACACGAACGACCUCAGCUCCCCCCUUUGGGAAAACUCCGAGGCUUACGGAAGACCCUAUCAGCAGCCUUUGGAGACUGGGCAGGUUUUCCCCCUUGGGCUCCUCAGUCUUCCUCUUGACUAGGUAAACCUCAGAGUAGCCUAGCUUUUUCUCUAGGCCUCACCUGUGCCAAGUUCAUGUGCACAAGCCCUGGUGGCAUCCUUAGGCCAAGAAUAUAGUUAGUUUGUUCCUCUUCUUGGGGGGGCAAAGGCCUCCACGCUUGCAUUUGGGGUUGAGCUCUUUCUCAUUCCCAAUCUAGUUAACACUGAGCCCACUACUUCCUUUGAAAGUCCAGGCCCUGCUCCCUGCCUCUUAGGCCCCUCUGCACAGGUCUUUCUGACUCCUUGAAGCUCGCCUGAGCUCCAGCCGAUCCCAUCAUCAUGAUGUGGUCUAACUUCUUCAUGCAAGAGGAAGACCGACGCCGGACGGCUGUGGGCCGGCGUCGUGCCCAAGAACAGCAGAAUCUCGGCUUGACUCCGGAGCGAGAGGGCAAGAUCAAGCUGGGGUUGCUGGUGGCAAUCGUGGGUGCCACUCUGGCUGUGCUGGCUGUGGGCACCGAGUUCUGGGUGGAACUCAAUACAUACAAGACCAAUGGCAGCGCCGUCUGUGAGGCCGCCCAUUUGGGGCUGUGGAAGGUGUGCAUCAAGCGACUGUGGCAGGCGGAUGUGCCCGCGGGCAGGGAGACCUGUGGCCCAGCUGAGCUGCCAGGAGAAGCAAACUGCACCUACUUCAAAUUCUUCACCACUGGGGAAAAUGCGCGCAUCUUCCAGCGAACCACCAAGAAAGAGGUAAACCUGGCAGCUGCGGUGAUAGCUGUGCUGGGCCUGACAGCCAUGGCCUUGGGCUGCCUCUGUGUCAUCAUGGUGCUCAGUAAAGGUGCAGAGUCCCUGCUCCGCUUGGGAGCUGUCUGCUUUGGCCUCUCAGGCCUGCUGCUCUUCGUCAGCCUGGAGGUGUUCCGGCAUUCCGUUAGAGCCCUGCUGCAGGGAGUCAACCCUGAGACCCCUCCAGUUCCACGCCUGGCCUAUGAGUAUUCCUGGUCCUUAGGCUGUGGUGUGGGUGCUGGUCUAAUCUUGCUGCUGGGGGGAAUUUAUUUCCUCCUGCUCACCUUGCCUUCCUGGCCCUGGAGGUCACUGUGCCCCAAGCGGGAUGGCCCAGCCACCUAGAGCUCUGGCCUGCGUUUGGAAGGCAUCUGCCAACCCUGCCUCAGUUUCCAGCUUUCUCCUCAAGACUUCUCAUCUCUUUUCUAGGGAAACUGUUUUCCCCACUCUGGGAGGCCCAUUUCACAAAAUGUCUUGGUCCCUCGUCUUUUCUCUGUAAACAAUGCUUUUGGGGGUGUGGGGAAUGGCUUAGUAAGUACAAUGCUUGCUGAGCAAGCUUGAGGACUUGGAGUUUGAGUCCCCAGAACUCACUUUAAAACCCAGCACAGCAGUACAUGUCUGUAAUUCCAAUGUUGGGAGGGCAGAGAUUAGAGGAGCCCUGGAGUUCACUGACCAGCUAGUGUAGCCAAUUAAUGAGGUCAGGUUCAGUGAGAGACCUCUUCUUAAAGAACAAGGCAACAGAGGAAGAUGCCUGAUGCUAAACUCUGACCUGCACGCACACAUACUUUUUUUUCUUGGUAGAUAAAUUUAAGUUACUUGAGGUAGGAUUGGAAGAGGUUAUAUGCAAAUGGGGCACCCAGGGGAAACUUCUAGGGACCGGACAGAUAGAUGGGUGUGAGCUGGUGAAAGGGCUGCAGAAGGAUUUGGAAGCUUUCUUUGUCCAAGUCUAUACUGAUUCACUCAAGGGAAAGACAUCCUACGACUGCCUGGUGGGGCAGGGGAGAGCCCGGGUCCGACUUCAUUGUCAUCUGACUUGGGAUUAAAAGUUUGAAGAUGUGACA